UAAUCUGAGAAUUGUUAUAAAUAAUGGCAUUAAGUAACUAAGAUUUUUUGUUACAUUUCUGCCGAAACAGAUGUCUAGUAAUGUCUAAAAUUAAUUUUCACUUUAUUGGGACAAGACAAAAUGAUAAAAUACAGUAAUAUCUUCAAUAUUUAAUCGAAAAACUUCUUUUGUUUAUUCUUUUUUUUUGGUCCAUCUGGACAGGCUAAAGCUCUAAGCCAUACUGCCUUGUCAUAAGUAGGUUUUUUUUUUCUUUUCAGUAAGUUCAAUCCAGUAAACGUCUUCAGUAAAUACUAUUCAUAAUAGGUCAGUUCCAAAAUCAAUGUCUUCAGUAGUUUUCAUUUUCGUAGUACUUUAAGUAAAAUGUGUCUCUUCCAGUUAUUUAGUCAUAUCCAAAAAGUUACAUAACUAUUUUCCCAAAUAGACAAAUCCUGUAAUAUUCUCGUAGCAAUGUUAAUAUAUAUUGUUUAUUCAAUCGGAGCAAUAUCUAAACGCAUAAAUGGACAGUGACAGAUAUCAGCUGAUAUUUUGUAGGUUAUGUUCGACUGAACUUUGCAGCUUAAUGAGCAAUUGAGCAUAGUGCCAUAACACCAACACUAAAACGUAAAACGUAGAAAAUGAAUAUAUUACGAUUGAUACCCCUUAAGGGUAACUUAACAUUGGGCCAAACGUGUUACUUAUCCUGUUGGUCAUGCGGUCAAGACAUAAAACAACUAGUAGAAAAUUUGUUUUGCUCAAAUUGUAAAUCGCUUCAACAGCCUUCGAAAGAAAACUACUUCAAGAUUUUGGGAGUGUCUGAAACAUAUGAUCAAGAUGAAAAUGAACUGGCUAAGAAGUUCAAAGAACUGCAGAAAUACUUACAUCCAGAUAAAUUUGGCAAUAAACCAAAAGAAGAGCAAGAGAUAUCAGAAAAAUACUCCUCAUUAGUUAAUGAAUCAUACAACAUCCUGCUGAAUCCACUGACAAGAGGAAUCUACAUGUUACAGCUUAGCGGAAAGGAAAUACCAGAAGAGACCGAAGUAAAAGACCAAGAGUUUCUCAUGAUGAUCAUGGAGAAGAAUGAAGAAGUGGAGAAUGCUGAGACAGAGGAGGAAAUAAUGAAACUCAACAAGGAAAAUAAGGAACUGAUGAAUCAAUUGCAAAAACAAGUUUCACAGGGGUUCCAUAAUGGAGAUCUAAAAUUGGUUCUUAAACUUUUAAGUCAAAUGAAAUAUUAUACUAGUAUAGACCAGCAAAUACAAAACCUAAUUAGAAGUAAAGGAAUUAUUAGAUAAACCUAAAUAUAUGUUAAAUACAUCUUUAUGUAAAAUAUACUAAAAUCAAAAAACAUAAUAAAUUAUGAUGUUAGACUUA